AGAGUUGAGGAAAGAGGAAGCCACGUUGACACAAUAAGUAGUGUUUGGUUUAUUUCCUGUUUCUUCUCUCACUCCGUCGCGGAACCGAACCGCCACGUCCUCAACGUACACCUGACGACAGUUGGAACAUUUAGGGAAAGGUCAAAGACGCCACAGCAUCAGACAGGAUGAGUGUUGGAUUCAUUGGAGCGGGCCAGCUGACUCACGCACUGGUGAAAGGGUUCACUGCUGCAGGUGUGAUUGCUACACAUAGGAUUACAGCCAGUUCCCCAGACACAGAGCUGCCCACAGUGUCAGCGCUGAGGAAAAUGGGGGUGAACCUGACGACGAGCAACAAAGAGACGGUCAGCAAAAGCGACGUGCUCUUCCUGGCUGUGAAGCCCCACAUCAUCCCCUUUGUUCUGGAUGAGAUUGGGCCCGACAUCGAGGACCGCCACCUCAUCGUCUCCUGUGCCGCAGGUGUCACCAUCAGCUCCAUAGAGAAGAAGCUGCUUCAGUACCGACUAGCUCCUAAAGUCAUGAGGUGUAUGACAAAUACCCCAGUGGUGGUGAGAGAGGGAGCUACCGUGUAUGCGACUGGCACAUAUGCUCAGCUGGAGGACAGCCAAUUGCUGGAGCAGCUGAUGUCCAGUGUAGGUUUCUGUACGGAGGUGGAGGAGGACCUCAUUGAUGCCGUCACUGGGCUGAGCGGCAGUGGACCGGCCUACGCGUUCACAGCACUGGAUGCUCUUGCUGACGGAGGAGUGAAGAUGGGUCUGCCCAGAAGACUGGCGCUCAGACUUGGAGCUCAGGCCCUAUUGGGAGCAGCGAAGAUGGUGCUGGACUCGGAGCAGCACCCAGGCCAGCUGAAGGACAACGUGUGCUCGCCAGGGGGCGCCACCAUUCAUGCCCUGCACGUCAUGGAGAGCGGCGGCUUCCGCAGCCUCCUGAUCAACGCAGUGGAGGCUUCGUGCAUUCGGACGCGGGAGCUGCAGUCUCUGGCCGACCAGGAGCGCAUCUCCCCAGCAGCCAUUAAGAAGACGACCCUGGACCAGGUGCUCCAGCAGCCCGGAGUUACAGUCAGCGGGGGGGCGAAUGGGAGCAGCAAAUCGGGACUCAGCCUGUUUAACAAUCGCGGCGGCCCCGGUAUCAAGAAAAAGAACUGAGUGCACAGGCUCACACACACACUCACACACACACACACACACACACACACACACACACACACACACACACACACACACACACAGCGGAUCUGGUCUGAAAUCGCAUCCAAAUCAAUUUACAAUAAUGCACAAUUAUUUUUUCAGACUUAAGUUACAUGCGGACAUCGGACCUGCAGGUGUCACCGCCACAUUACCCACAAGCACAGGUGCAUUCUUGGUGAGCCUUGUGUUGGGAUGCAGGAUUACUGUCUACACACAAACGCAUACACACUGACGACUCCAGAUACACACACUGUGCAUUUACAAUCUGAGGUGUAUCUGUGUUUGGGAUCCAGACUACCCAGACCUGGGUAAACUGUAGUGACCCAGUGCGCCCUCAUCGGACCCUGGGACACGCCAGGCAGCAGAUGGCUGCUGAGACACCAUCAAGCUCUUAAUGAUCGUCUGAAGCCACAAUGCAAGUCAUCCUCUCUUGUCUAUGCUUGUACUUAUUUUCUGUUUAACCAACAGUACUUUACUGGUCAAAAAGACUGAUUAUGGACAUUGAACACAUUUCUUUUUACUGCUUUUAUUUUUGUUUUGAUUGUCGUACACGAACACUGGUCUUCAUUAAUAAUAUAUCUUCCUUGUAGUGUUGCAAUGUUGUUUAGAAACGGGGAGAACAUUGUGCCUCGAUGUUUUUCUCCCUUAUGAAAUUCAUUCCAAGCUUUACAGUGAGGGAUGCACCGAUCUGACUUUUUCAGUCCCGGUAGCAAUACUACCGAUACCAAUGUUUUAAUUAAAAAGCUGAACGCUUCACCGACCAACACAUAGAUAUUAUUGUACUGAAUUGUUGUUCAUCAAAAUGAUGGUCUCCAAUUGACUCAUUGUUCCAGAUGCCCGAUCCAGCUAUUUAAGUCAGACAGGUAUUCAAUGUGCAUCUCUAUUUUGUUUUCCUUUUAUUAUUUCCUGUUUCUUAAAGACAUCUUUGGUCCAUAACCCCAAAUCUGAAACUAUUAUCUUGAAUCCCCUCAUGUUUUCUAAUAGGAAAAAAAACACUUUUUACAUUUUCUCUUAUAAAGAAAUGGAAAGUCGAGACAUUCAUAUACACAGAGAAACACAAUUAUAUGUAGAUAUAUUCAUAUAGAUUAUGAUGUAUCAAUAUUACGGUAGUCCGUCCUAUCUGUAUUUUUGUAAUGGUACAUAUUAUGAACUGCUUUUUUUCCGUUUUUGGAUAUCAGCCGUUGCGUUGGUGUGCCAGUCAAAAAGUAAAUAUUAAACAAACAGAAUCCUAUGUUUUUGUUCCAAAGCUACUUUAUCCUGAAUUAAAUGAGUCUGGAUUGACUCUCGGUACUCGGCUCUGACUCUA